AUGCAGGGAAUGAAGCACCAAAGCGGGCAUGGGGUUCAACACCAAAGCGGUCACGAAGUUCAACACAAUAGCAAACAAGAGAUGCAACACCACAACAUGCAGGGGAUGAAGCACGAAAGUGGGCACGAGAUUCAACACCAUAGCGGGCACGGGGUUCAACAUCAUAGCGGGCACGAGAUGCAGCACCACGAGAUGCAGGGGAUGAAGCACCAAAGUGGACAUGCGGUUCAGAACCAUAGUGAGCACGGGAUACAACACCAUGAGGUGCAGGGGAUGAAGCACCAAAACAGACACGAAGUUCAACACCAUAGCGAGCAGGGGAUGCAGCAGCACGAGAUGCAGAAGAUGAAUCACAAAAGUGGGCACGGGGUUCAACACCAUAGCAAGCACGGGAUGCAGCACCAUGAGAUGCAGGGGAUGAAGCACCAAAGCGGGCAUGGGGUUCAUCACCAAAGCGGGCAUGGGGUUCAUCACCAAAGUGGACACGAGCAUGGGAUGCAGCACAAGGGCGGACACGAGAUGGAACACCAGGGCGGGCAUGAGAUGCAAAUGUACAACGCACAUGGUAUGAAGCACCAAGGCGGGCUUGGGAUGCAGCAGUACAACGGGCAAGGGAUGAAGCACCAUGACAUGCUGAUGGUUCCCCAGGUUCCACCAUGUCAUGUGUACAUGAACCCAAACCAUGAAUGUAGUGGAGGUCGUACAUUAGUGGUCGUUAAGGCUAUUGAGAAGUGGCGUCUCAGCAAUAACCAAAAAAUCGGGUGGAGUAAGGGACUGUAA